UCAACGUAACCACCACAACUCGUCAAGGGGGAUGCCUUUCAAAUAAGUUUACAAAGCUGAGGCAUUUACCCAAGUUCUACAACUUUCAACUCACUUAAUAACUCUUUGCUUACUUUUAAGUUGAUUUAAAGUCUUUAAAGAUAUCUUGAGGAUAAGUGGUGCUCGAUACUUUUUAGAGGAGAGAAGCGCGUAUUGAAACAUCCCAAAUUGGAUUAUGGUUUCUGUUUCUCGUCUUUCAGUUGAGAAAACCCGACUCGUGAUGGUUGUCCUGUCACUUAAGUUACUAAUUGUAGGAGUUGUAGUAAGUUUGACUUCAGCCGAUUUGGCUGGUGAAAUUAUUGAUACAAAAGACUUAUUGAAAAGUCGUUUGAAAGAGUAUGGCCUGAUUACCCCCAUCAGCACCGACGCAGAGGGACACUUCCUCUCGCAUCUCCUUUCAGCCAAUCACAAGCAGCGUGUGAAGCGGGAGGUUUUGGAAGAGUCAGCUCAAGAUUUAGAGAAGCUGUUCUUUAACAUCACUGUAUUUGGCCAGGAAUUCCACCUCAGACUACAUCCCAAUCACCGACUAGUGGCUCCAGGAGCCAUGGUGGAAUGGCACGAUGAGAUCAAACCUGGAAACGUGACUCAGAACGGAACCAACUCAGAGAGAAUACUUAGAAGGGAGUUGCUGAAAACAGACUGCACAUUUAUUGGGGACAUCACGGAUGUGCCUGGAGCCUCUAUCGCCAUUAACAACUGUGAUGGACUGGCUGGUAUGAUUCGGACCAAUUCUGAUGAGUACUUCAUUGAACCUCUGGAGCGAGGAACACAAGAACAUGAGGAGCGAGGAAGAGUACAUGUGGUGUACCGAAGGUCUGCAGUAUUGCAAGCUCCUUCAGACAUCUCCUUGGAUUACCAGCCGAAUGAGCCUGAACUAGAUCUGCCAAGAGUGCUGGACAAUGUUGCUAAACAAGUCAACCGGACAGGCAGGAGACGAAGACAUGCUAGUGAUGAUGACUACAACAUUGAGGUUCUGCUUGGAGUAGAUGAUUCUGUUGUCCGUUUCCAUGGGAAAGAGCAUGUGCAGAAUUAUCUCCUCACCCUCAUGAACAUUGUGAAUGAGAUCUACCAUGAUGAGUCAUUAGGUGUGCACAUUAAUGUUGUCCUUGUUAGGAUGAUCAUGCUGGGCUAUGCCAAGUCAAUCAGUCUUAUUGAGCGUGGGAACCCUUCGCGAAGCCUGGAGAACGUGUGCCGCUGGGCCUUCGUCCAACAAAAAGAGGAUCCAGAGCACUCAGAGCAUCACGACCAUGCCAUCUUUCUAACACGGCAAGGCUUCGGCCCCACUGGCAUGCAGGGAUAUGCCCCUGUCACCGGGAUGUGCCACUCCGUCCGCAGCUGCACCCUCAAUCAUGAAGACGGCUUCUCUUCUGCCUUUGUAGUAGCCCAUGAGACAGGACAUGUGCUGGGAAUGGAGCAUGACGGUCAGGGCAACCGCUGUGGUGAUGAGACAGCCAUGGGAAGUGUGAUGGCUCCUCUGGUGCAAGCAGCAUUCCACCGCUACCACUGGUCAAUGUGCAGUGGGCAAGAACUGAAAAGACACAUCCAUUCAUACGAUUGCCUCCUGGACGACCCCUUUAAACAUGACUGGCCCCAGCUUCCUGAACUUCCUGGCAUCAAUUACUCCAUGGAUGAGCAGUGUCGUUUCGAUUUUGGAGUUGGAUACAAAAUCUGUACUUCAUUUCGCACAUUUGAUCCAUGUAAACAGCUGUGGUGCAGUCAUCCAGAUAACCCUUACUUCUGCAAAACCAAAAAGGGGCCUCCAUUGGAUGGAACAGAAUGUGCACCUGGGAAGUGGUGCUACAAAGGUCACUGCAUGUGGAAAAAUGCCAACCAAGUGAAGCAAGAUGGAGCCUGGGGUGCUUGGAGCAAGUAUGGUUCCUGCUCUCGCUCCUGCGGGAAAGGUGUGCGUUUCAGAACCCGCCAGUGCAACAACCCAGUUCCAUCUAAUGGAGGCCAGGACUGCCCAGGGGUGAACUAUGAGUACCAGCUGUGUAACACAGAUGAUUGCCCUAAACACUUUGAGGACUUCAGAGCUCAGCAGUGUCAACUUCGCAACUCCCACUUUGAAUACCAGGAUGCCAAACACCACUGGCUUCCCUACGAGCACCCAGACGCCUACAAAAGAUGUCACCUAUAUUGCCAGUCAAAAGAAACAGGUGACGUAGCCUACAUGAAACAGUUGGUGCAUGAUGGGACAAGGUGCUCAUACAAAGACCCGUAUAGCAUCUGUGUGCGUGGAGAGUGUGUGAAAGUGGGCUGUGACAGGGAAAUUGGUUCCAGUAAGGUGGAGGAUAAGUGUGGUGUGUGUGGUGGUGACAACUCCCACUGCCGAACCGUGAAAGGAACCUUCACCCGAACACCCAAGAAAGCUGGUUACCUAAAGAUGUUUCUCAUCCCCCCUGGGGCUAGACAUGUGAUCAUCCAAGAACAUGAGGCUUCUCCUCAAAUUCUUGCUAUCAAGAACCAGGCAACAGGACAUUACAUUCUAAAUGGCAAAGGGGAUGAGGCAAGGUCUCGGCGCUUCAUUGAUAUGGGAGUGGAGUGGGACUACCUCAUAGAGGAUGAUUCCGAGACUCUCCACACUGAUGGUCCACUACAUGAUGCAAUUGUUGUUCUGAUCAUACCUAAGGACAACGAGACAAGGUCAACACUAAUGUACAAAUACAUCAUUCACGAAGACUCAGUGCCCAUAAACAACAACAAUGUCAUUCAGGAGGACGCGUAUGAGUGGGCACUAAAGAGCUGGUCCCAGUGUUCAAGACCUUGUGCUGGAGAAAUCAUGGGUUUGAUACAAUUGACCAUGAUUAGAUUCCAGUACACCAAAUAUGGGUGCCGUAAAAAAGGUGACAGCAAAAUGGUGCACAGAGGCUACUGUGACAUUAGCAAGAAACCGAAACCCAUUCGCAGAAUGUGUAACUUGCAGGACUGUACUCAACCACAAUGGAUCACAGAGGAGUGGGAGUACUGUACUAAAACCUGUGGGAGUUUGGGGUACCAGAUCCGCACCGUACGCUGUGUGCAGUUCCUUCAUGAAGGCACAAACCGCUCCAUUCAUAGCAAGUACUGCAGUGGAGAAAAGCCUGAAAUCAGGAGACCAUGCAACAGAGUGCCCUGUCCAGCCCAGUGGAGGACCGGGGCCUGGUCAGAGUGCUCAGUGACUUGUGGAGAGGGUGUUGCACAACGCCUGGUAACAUGUCGCAUUGGCGAUCAAUGCACUGGCGAGAAGCCAGAGUCUCACAGGCACUGCAAGCCAGGACCCUGCCAUGAUGAGCCAUGCGGAGGAGACAAGUCUAUCUUCUGUCAAAUGGAGGUUCUAGCUCGUUACUGUUCUAUACCAGGCUACAACAAGCUCUGUUGUGAAUCCUGCAGUAAGAGAAGUGGCACAUUUACUCCUCUUCUGCACGAAGCUGCUGAGAUGGAGGAGGAAGUUCGCUUCGGUUCAGCCUCACAAGUCCUGGAGACGCUUUCAACCUCAGUUAAUGGAACGAGGAAAGUUCCUUACCAGAACCAGCGGGGAUCCUCGUCACAAGGCCGACUUAGCAAGCAGACCCCCACACCCCCACCUUGUAAAGCCAAUUCUGAGAACAGCAAGACUCAAAAGUGCCUCAAACUUGGCUCUAGGAACCUGCCUGCAAUGUCGAUGCAUAGCCCAUGGAAUGAGAAAGCCGCUAAACGCACACCUUGGCAGUUAGAAGGUUUUCAGGAGAGUCAGUGGCCAACAGCAUUAUCCGAGGUAAAGAGAUGAAGUCCAAUUUGUCUUUUAUUUCCUCUAGACUAUCUCUGACUUUCUUGUUUUUGGUAGAUAUAAACCUUUAACAUUCAUCUUUCCCUUCAGAUCACACUCAAGAUAUUUAAAAGUAAGAGAGAGUAAAGUGCUGGUUCACUUUCAAAUGUUUUCAAUUCCCCCCAUCAGCGAUAAGUUUUUUUUUUUUUUUUAAACACACUUAUCGA